GAGGCGCUUGUGUGGGAGUUUCGUACUUAACUUAUCCUUGUUGAAGCGAGAAUCGGCAGAUAUUUUUAUCUUGAAAUCAUUUGUCUUGCUGCUUGGAGUCUUACACUUGAUUCAAAGUGCUUAUCAAUUCUACUGUGGAUAAGAAUACAGAAAAAGAUCUUAAAGAAAUCGGGGAGUGUUGGACUGUACAAGAUUGAGAAAACAUUGGAGCGAUCGCUAUUGAAAAAAGGAAUUGGAAAUAAUCAUUAGAAGURCUUCCUUCAAGCUGACAACAGUGAGCAGUUUAUGACAAAGCAAUCUAGAAAAUACACUAAACUAAGCUUGAGGAAAAAUAAGAAGCAGAUGGGAAUCAUCUGGUUUCCUAAACCUCUGUAAGGAAGCAUUUUCAACCUUUUUCGUCUUCAGGAAAUGACAUUUCACUUGAAGCCGGGAUAUCAAUUACGUUAUAGAGGCAUAAUCAAAAAACUGWCUAUAUGUCGAUGUGAACAAGAAUAUUGAAUACGAUUGAGAAAAUCUCUAUAUAUACAGAAGCAAUAUUGUGGAAAAGCUUCCCAGAAAGUACUUAUCUCAAAUAUUUACUCAAUAUCUUUGAAAAACGUUUAUAAAAGAAAGCUGGAGCCCUCGAAAACAGCUCGCACUAAAGUCAGUGAAUUUCGCCAUAUUGUAAUUUAGAUAUAAUUUAAGCUUAGAGGAUUAUCAAAGUACCAAAGCCAUUCGAAUUUCAUUUGACUUAAGUCUUCAUAUCGGUAUCAGCGCAUAAAGAGAUUUCUAUAGUGARUGGCCUUCUUAUGGCAUUUCAAACAAGCAUGUGUGAAAAUGYUUCUCUCCCAACAUCGCUACCAUGGACAACCGCAUGCUCGAGUAUUGUACUGUCUAUGGUAACAGUGCCAGGAAACGCUCUAAUCCUGAUAGCUGUCAUCAAGGACCCUUACAACAAUCUAAGAACGAAUUUCAACUGUCUCGUUAUCAACUUGGUCCUUUCGGAUUUGCUUCUGGGCUUAAUAACUGAACCUAUGUUCGCUGUUUAUCAUAUUCUGKAAGCAAGUAGUCAAGCGUCUAAACGAACUAGGGUUGUUCACGUGACAUACUUUUGUUCACUGAUGGUUUCUAUGCUGAGUUUAGCGGCGCUUGCUCAUGAGAGAUGUAAGGCAGUGACCUCUAGYAUACGAUGCUCGUCAAACUCGUCUAAAAGCUUAAAACUAUCUAUUGCCAUUUGGGUUUGCUCUGUUUCCUUKCCAUGGCUUUACUUUACUUUUGACUUUUUUCGUUUUGCUUUCAUUUACGUAAAUACAGCAGUUCUGGUAAGUCUGAUAAUCGUGGCGGUUUCCUUUUAUCGUGUCAGGGAAGACCUCCAGGGAAAAGUCCUUGAAUGGGAAAAAAUCCAAAACGAUGCUGCAAGAAUUCGUGCCCUCAAAAUAUCUCAAAAACUAACAAAAUCUUUUUUGCUACUUCUGAUGUGUUUCAUUUGUUGCCUAGCACCGUCUUUUGUCACGGCUUAUGUCAUAAAUUUUUGCAAGGAUUGCUCGUGUUGCGUCAUCAACUGGUUACGAGAUGGGUAUUUUCUGCUCCCUCUAGUGAAUUCUGCAGCCAACCAAUUCUUGCAUCCGUGGAGAAUGAGAAAUUUUCGGCAAGCUGUUCGCAAGAUCAUGAAGUCCAAUGCAAUAGGAAAAUUUUUUCAGAAGUUUUUUUUUGCUAAAGGCAGUUUCAAUCUAAACGUAGUUAACCGAGGUUGAGUCAAAGCAAGACUGCAAUACUGAACAGAACUUUUAUUAGUGAAUAGAUAAAUAGAUGAUCUUCAUUUUGACACGAUAAAUCUGAUAACAUCAACAUAUUUAAAACAAAGCUCAAAACAUAUUUAUUUAAACUUCUUUAUCAAUGAUAUAGUUUUACUCAAGAUGACAUUAUGCUUCUUACGUAAAUUCAU